CUCCAUCCCAGAGAAGGUUUUCUUUCAACUUGCUCUAAAUCAUAGAUGAAACUGAGAUGGAGAAGAUUACUCCAUCUUUCGUCGAAUUGGACGUUCAAAACCCUAAGAAAUCCCAGUAAUAAAUGCCUCGACGGUUCCCAGCUUCAUCUUUGCCCUCAGGUCGUCGAGUCGACAGUGUGGAGCUGCCCUUCGGAUACAAUCGCUUUAAGCUUCUUCCUGUGGUGUGCUCGCCAGCCAAAUUACUUCCACGACCCCCGGUCCUUCGACCGGAUGAUCCCUAUCGCUGGCCGGCUCACCGAGCGCUUUGGCUCUGUUGCAGCGAUUGUUGAGGAAUUGGAGAGCAUUGGUUGUUCCGUGAAGGCGCAAACUUUCAUGAUUUUACUGAGAAUUUAUUGGCGGGGAAACUUGUAUAGGUUGGCAUUGGAAGUGUUCGAUGAAAUGAGUAGUAGAAAUUUUGUUCCCAACACCUUUGCCCGGAAUAUGGUUCUUGAUAUACUAUUCAAGGUUGGUCAUUUCGGUGCAGCAAUGAGGUUUCUGAGAGAUAUCGAGUUCCCAAAUUUUCUUAGUUACAAUAUAGUAGUAUGUAAUCUUUGCAAGUCCCGUGAUUGGUUGAGAGUUCGUGAUGUUUUAAGAGAGAUGGUAAAGAAAGGAUUUCAUCCCAAUACUGGCACUUAUACAAUGGUUCUGGAUUGCUUUCACAAGGCAGGAAGGCUUAUGGAGUCACUACAAUUGCUAGCUUUUAUGAUUGUUUCUGGUAAUCGACCCAACAUAGCCAUUUGGACAAUCUUGAUAGACAGUCUAUGUCGAACUGGGAAAGUUGAUUUAGCCAGCAGAUUGUUUGGAAAGAUGAUAGAGUCUGGGUGCUCACCCAGUGUUGUCACUUAUACUUCUCUUAUCAAAGGCUUUUUUGAAGCACGAAUGUACAAAGAAGUGCUGAGGAUGUUAGAUUCUAUGUUAUCAAGUGGGUGCAAUCCUGACCUAGUACUGUAUAAUGUUCUGAUUGAUUGCCUGUCUAAGGUGCAGAAAUAUGAUGAUGCAAUUGACGUUUUCCUUCUUCUGCGUGAGAGCAAACUAAAACCAGAUUCCUAUACUUUGUCUUCUUUGUUGUCUGCAAUAUGCUCAUCGGGUAAAAUGAGCUUGCUUCCCAAACUUGUUACGGGACUACAUGUUUCUAUUGAUCUCGUGGCUUGUAAUUCUCUACUAAAUUUUUUCUGCAAGGUUGGUCAUCCAUCUCAAGCUGUGGACUUUUACAGUGAUAUGGUUGAGAGAGGCUUUGCACCAGACAAGUACAGUUAUGUUGGACUGUUGAAUGGUCUGUGCAGGCUAGGAAAGAUAGACUAUGCCAUUAAUUUCUAUCAUGCUAUUGUUGAGAAUGAUCCUCAUAUAGAUGCAUAUUUCCAUACAGUGAUCCUUGAUGGACUUACUAAAAGAGGAAAAUAUCACUGGGCCAUUAGGCUGUUUAGGAAAGCUGUUAAAGAAAAUUAUUGCCUUGAUGUUGUAUCCUACACAAUUGCUCUUCAUGGGCUUUUUAAAGGUGGUAGGUUUCAAGAAGCUUGCAGUUUGUUUGACCAGAUGAAGCAGUUUGGUGUGAUUCCUAAUGCUUGUACCUACAAUGUGAUGCUUCUUGGCCUUUGUAGGGCUAGAGAUAUUGAUGCAGUUAAGCAAUUGCUUAGAGAUAUGGAGAUUGCUGGAAUUGAGAUGGACUAUGUCGCAUACAACACAAUAAUUGCUUUCCUCAUUAAAUUGCGUCGUUUUAAUUCAGCUUUCCUGGUAUUUAGUAAAAUGUGUGAUUUGGGAAUGAAGCCCAACAAGACCACUUACUCAUUACUGUCCAAGGGACUUGGCCAUGUCUCCGCUGAAGGACUGGAUAAUCAGUAUUCACAAUUGACAUAUAAUCUUGAGGAUACUGAUUUUGUUUACAGCACUGAGUCUGAUCAGCCUAAUGAACUUCUUGUAAGCUCGGGGAGUUAGCUGAUGCUCCAUAUGCUGGAACAUGCAAAGAAAUGCAUGGGCUGUGAUCGUCUCAUAAGUAUGUAAGCAGUUGCUUGUGCAGAGGAUUUGCUGCACUUGCACAUGAAGAUGCCUCAGCAGGUUUUGUGGUUCAGAAGCCUUUUCCUGUCCUACUUAUGUCUUCUGGAUUGAAGCAUAUGGCGAGCAAUUCAAUCUGCUGAUUCAGCUAGAUGCAGUUACUGAUGUGUAUAACUUCCGUGUUGGGAACAAAAUUACAACUGUAUUUACUCCAACCAGAAGUGUGGAUAGAAUUAUUGGCAUAGGUUACUUCAUGCAGGUAAUCAACAUUGUUUUUUCAUUUGUGGGGUGGGGGUGCUAUAUAAUUUAUGGUUCUCUGAUCAAGGAGAUAUGUAUGGAAUAUUACGAAGUGUUCCAUGAUUAAGUCAUGGACCUGUCAAACUUGAGCACAAUUUUCUCUUGCUAAUGGAAUUAACUUUUCAAAAUGGCUCGGGUCUUUUUCUCUACACUUCAAAUAGUAAAAUCCUUUUAAGUUCCUAUGCACAGAUCAUCAAAUUUCCAUCUUUUCCAGGUCCUGUUCUCAUGUGGCAGUAGAUCAACCUCCUUAUAGUUUUCUCUUCCUCUUGCUAACAAAAUUAGAACUCAGCAUGCUCAGGUAUAAAUGUAAAACUAUAUCUAUUUGAAAGACCAUAAAUAAGGGUGGAAAGGAAUUCUUAUUGUCUCUUAAAUCUAUGAUACUGGUUAAUUUUUAGAUUAUUUUCAUCCGAGGCAUGCUUUUUGAGCUCAAAAGUUAAUUGGGUCAAAUUUAAAUAUGGAAUUUCAAAAUGAUGAUCUAAAGUACUAGAUGUGCUCUGCAUGGUUUAAAGUUUAAACUGCCUAGAAACCAAAAACUAUAUAUUCCAGGUACUCUUUACCUAUGCAUCAAGUUGCCUCAAAAUGGAUGGUACAAGAAGAAUCAAUAUCCUAAAAUGCAUCCUAAGAUACAUAAUUGGAAUCUAAGGUUGCAUUUGGUAUCACUGUGACUUUCCUUUUUUCACAAAAGAGAAAACAGAUAUUCUGUUUCAAUUUUUUCAUAUUUCUGAAAACAGAAACCAUGUUUGCAUCACUAUUUUUUUUUACAAUUGGUUGGCUGUUCUCAAAGUCGGCAUCAAAGGUGUGAUACCUCAUGGUUUUGCUCAAAGUAGAGGACACUCAUCUUGAGGGCGAGGCUCUUGGUGGCGAGUCAGUGGGCAGAUGUGGACCUCCCAAUGAUCCUGAGCAUGAGGCUGCGACAGUGGCACAUCCUGCGGCAUAGGGGCUGGAUGGAGCCAAGCCAGUAAAAGGGGAUGGAGGAGGAGUGAUAGGAGAGGAGGUGGGCCCAACAGAGGAGGCCAAAUAAGAGGGCCAUGCCGGCAUCGGCGACCUCCUCGGUGAGGCUGGCAUCGACAUGGAUGAGGUGGAGGUCGAAGUCAGGAGCAAGGGUGAAGUUAAUGGCACGAUCGGUGGAGCCAAGGCAGUGGAUGAGCUGCGAAAGGCGGAGGCAAUGUGGGGCGGUUUGGGGGAGGAAGGCAAGGGAGUGGGUGAGGAUGGUGGCAGCAACCAUGAGGCUGCCAUGUGCGGAGAUCGUGGGGAGGUCGGAUGGAGGGGAUAAGAGAGAGGUGAAAACCUACUUUUAAACAAGGAGGAUCCAUGCUGCAAUGGCUGCUUUCUAGAUGCUGCUCAACGGCAAUCCUCUAGAUGCAUCAAACUUUGAAUUGGCAUUCAAGAUUGUUCUUGCCGAUGAGGAAGGUCAAAGUUUGGCUUGCCAAAGCCCCAGGUUUGGUAAUUCAGUAUUAAUUUACAUGAUGACCUGAGGGUCAUGAAGGGCAAUUAUGGACACCCAGGCGGGCUAAAACAUUUGUCCCACCCAUCUCAGCCUCUGAUAGAUCCUCAUUUGCUGAAACAGGGGAGACUCGAUCUCGGUUAUGAGUGCAAUAAACAGGUGGUCAUUACUCAAUGAGAGUUGAGAUUAGUGGAUUGAAAGUUUCAGUCCAGCUGGUGUGCGGUAUCAUUUCCAUAUAGGAAAACAUAGACUCAACGCUGCAUUUUAUUUAGAUCAGUCAUGGUUUUUUGACAAAUAAUAUAAUUCUCAUGGCUUUUGUACAACCAAAUGUGUUAAGUAUGGAUUGCCAAAUUGACUCAUUGACUGUCCUAUUUAUGAUUGAAGAAAUGGAGUAUUGGAACACCUGCAUCAGAUGGUGCUGAUCUUGAUCCAUCUAGGUGACAGUGAAACAUGACUUUCGCACAUGGAGAUCGGCUGUUUUGCUGGUGCAUCACUUAGUUGCCAAUGUUGGAUUUGAGUAAAUUUUGCUAUCUACGGCAAGCAGUUUGGAUCAGGUACAACAUUAUGGCUGUCAAACACAGAUUGCCAUGCCCUCUGUACAACAAUUAAUAAAACGGAACGGGGAGUUUCUGUUACAGCUUAUGAAGGCCAGGAAAUUUGGAGCCAAGUGGUGCAACUGGAUCUCCUCCAUAUUGAAAACGAGCAAAGUUGCACUCCUUAUCAAUGGAGAAGCAUCAAAUUGGAUAAAAAAAAAAAGGAAUUGAAGCAAGGCGAUCCACUCUCUCCCUUCCUCUUCAUUCUGGUAACAGAUGUGUUGGGCGGCAUACUUAAGCGAGCUUCCAAGAACAACCUGAUUAAAGGGAUUGGCACAAACAAAGAGACCUCCAGAUUGAACUGCAUACAAUAUGCAGAUGACACUCUCAUCAUUUGUGAAGCUAACAAACGGUAUGCCUCAAACCUUAAAUUUAUUCUAUAUGCAUUUGCAUUGCUCACAGGGCUCAAAAUCAAUAUGGACAAAAGCUUAUUGAUUGGGGUAGGGCUGUCAAACAAAAGGAGAAAUUUCUUCACAGACCUCAUGGGAUGUGGAGUUUCAGAACUUCCUACGACAUACCUGAGGCUGCCUCUACAUGAAUCCAAAUUAAAAAAUUCAGACUGGAACUUCCUGGUGGAGAAGAUCAACAAGAAGUUGUCAAUGUGGAAGAACAAGGUUUUGUCAAUUGGUGGUAGAUUAGUUCUUGUUAAUGCAGUGCUUGGAUCCACCCCAGCGUAUUGGAUGUCAUCGCUCCUCAUUCCAGCAGAAAUUUUGAGAAAGAUUGAGAGGAAAAGAAGAGAUUUCCUUUGGAGAGGAAGUAGAAAUUGUCAUGGUUGUCAUUGCUUGGUAAGCUGGUCACAAGUUUGCAGGCCAAGAGAGUUUGGGGGUCUGGGCGUCAUUAAUCUAAGGACUUUUAAUCUUUGCUUACUUAUCAAGAGAUGGGGUAAUUACUACAUGGACAAAGAUAGAAGCUGGAGAAAGAUCGUUCAGACAAGUUACUACAAGAAGAAACUUCCCAACCAAAUUUGCAGACCUCAAAAGAUAGUAUCGGCCCCUUGGAAGAGCCUGCUGAUGGUUAAAACAUUUUCACUCAAUGUACUUGGAUAAAAGUGGGCAACAGCAAUCAAACAGCCUUCUGGCAGGAUGUUUGGAUUGAAAAUGCUUCACUCAAGGAUUGAUUCCUGGAAUUGUUCUGCCUAACGACUUUGCCAUUCAUCACAGUACAAAAUUUUUUCAGAAUGGAAAAUUUAAGACAGCUAUUUCGUGCACCACUCACUGCACAAGGAGAAGGAUCACUUCAAAAAAUGAGGAUUUUGAUAGAUACAGUUAAUCUCAACUCAAGCUCUGAUAUACCAAUCUGAAAAUGGUCAUUAGAUCAAAAAUACUCUGUUAACAAAUGCUACAGGUUCCCAACUCAUGGAGGUAUUGAACCUGUUUUUGGCAAACUUAUUUGGCGACCCCCACUGUCCAUGCGAGUGAAGGUUUUUAAUGGGAUUGCAUAUCAAAAUAAAAUUUUGACUACAGAUAAACUUCGAAAGAAAAACAUUCAGGACCCUUUGAUUUGUCCACUUUGUAGCACCGAAGAAGACACAUGCAAUCAUAUUUUCCUAUCACGUUCCUAUUCCAGUGAGAUAUGGCAACAUAUAACCUCCUCUCUCAACAUCCAAAAAGUGUCGGAAUCUUUGGAAAGGUUAUGGACCGGGUGGAAGAAAAACCUACCCAAGGAAAUCAUAAAACCUGCAUGGGACUGUAUGGCUAUAAUGCUCUGCUGGAUGUUAUGGAAGGAACGGAAUGGAAGACAGUUUCGAUUCGAGGCAAAUUCGCAUCUCAAAGUUCUAGUCCAAUGCAUCUCAGUGUUAGAGGACUGGAUUUCAGCGUACACAGGAAGACUGAAACUUCCAAUUAUAGAGCUUCUGAAUCAACUUAAGGAUCGACAUCCUCCUUAGAAGCUAUGCUGAAUCAGGAGUUCUAUCUUUGCUGAAAAGUGAAGGCAACAACUGAAAACAAGGGACUGAUUUUGCUCUGAAAGCAGUAGACAGUUUGAUAACAGGGACAGUCUGAAAAUUAAAAGAAAGGCGAUGUAACUAAAGGGACUGUGGGGACGUAGCGUUGGGAUUCCACGCUGCUUGUAAGUGUUUAAAAUAGGUCAAAGGUCACAGCAUUGUGACCACUUGUAUUCUCUCUUGUUAUGAUAAAUGUCAUGGGUGGUUUUCACCUCCCACUUUAUCAAAAAAACAAUCAAUAAAAUGGAAUUUUAGUGUG